AUGCUGAAAAUACACAAGGGAUUAAAAAAAAAGAAGAAAAAUAAGAAAAAUAAACAUAAAGAAGAAGAACUUUUCAACGAAGAAGAACUUGAAAGAUAUCGUCGUGAACACCAAGAAGGAAAAGUAGCGGAAGGCGAAAACGAAGGCCAAGAGGAGUGGCAGAAGUUUAAAGCAAUCACUGCUGGAAUAGACGAUGUAUUGAAAAAAACACAGGGAGAUCUCGAUCGUAUAAAAACAAAUAGUUUUUUUCAAAGAAAACCCACACAAACAGAACUUAAAGCUGCCGAAAAAAAAUUAGAAUCGGAAACAAGGGCUAAAUUAGAAGAACAAACACGUCUAAAAGCAGAAGCUGAGGCAUUAACUGCCGCUAAAGCAGAAGAAGAGGCAUCAGCUUGUGCACCUGUUGAUGAAGAAUCAUCUUCAGAUGAAUCAAAUAAUGGUGAUGACAUAUUUGAUACAUCGUACGUCGAUGUUAUUACUAGUGGAGAAGUAAAACUAGCAUACAUUCCAGAAAGUCCAACCGAGGAAGACGGAGAGUUCGAUCCAUUUGAUACUUCCAUAGUAGAUAAAGUUAUUCAACCUAAUCCAUCUAAGAAGAACAAAAGAUACAUUAGUCUUGGGUGUGCGGUUGAAGUUCUAUCAGGUAAAGACGUUGAUAUAAAUCCUGAGGUCUUCAGGUCAACAGCUGUUCGAAAACGACCAAAACCUGUAGAUUUAUUGUUAGAGAGUUUUGAUAAUAGUACUUCAAAUGCAAAACUUAUAGACGACAAACCUAUAAAAACAUUGCUUGAUGAUGACCCGAUUUUGUCUACAGACGCAAUACCAUUAACUAUAGUUACUCCGAUCGAAAUUAAACCACAGCAAACUAAAAAAGAAAAUACAAAAACUCCUGAACAAGAUAUUAGUCAAAUUAUUGACGAAUUUGAUUCACCGCUUAUUUUAUCUGAAAUUGUAAAAACGCAGACAAAUCUAGAAAACGACGAUAUAGACGACGAGUUUGCUGCGUUAGCAGCUGAAUCAUUAUCUAAAUCUCCACUUCCCGAAGAUAUCGAUCCUUUUGAUACAUCAUUUGCAGACCAUAUAUUACCCGCAACAAACAAUUUGAGUACUCAAAUUAAACAAGACAACCAACAAGUAAACGAUAAAACGGUGGAAAAGGAAUUCUUCCAAACAGUCCGACCACUGAGUCUAGAACACAGAGAUCUUUUGGGUGGAAGUACAACAGAUUUGUCAGUAAUCGGACAUCAUCCAAUUGAACCUCAUAAUUCUACAUUAGAAACCACACUAAUCGAUCCUUUUGACACAUCUAUUGCUGAGAGCUUGUUACCCGGAAAAGGAGAAUUGAAAUUACUAGAAAAAGAACUUUUAGAAGACUCUAAAACACCGUGUAAAAACAUAAUAAUUGAAGAAGACGACGAUUUUGAUCCAAGAGCUGAAGAAUUUGUUCGGCCAGUUGAACUAAAUUUAAAAGAGAAGAGAGUUAGUGUACCAAAGGUAACAUUUGCUUUAGAAAAAGAUUUAUUAACUGACGACCAUCACGGUGAGUUGCAUGUGGCAAAACCUUUAACUCCAUAUUAUCCACAGGAUCAACUAAACGAAGACGGUUUUGAAAUCGACCCAUUCGACACAUCACACGUUACACAUGCACCUGGAAAAGUAGAAUUGAAGUUAUUAGAAAACGAAUUAGUCGAAAUAGAACCUAAGUGUACAGAUAUAUUGACAGAAGAAGAAUUUAUUCCUCACGUUCUUCAUACCCCCGUUGAACCAGAAAUAGCGGUUCCUGAAGAAAUCGAUCCUUUUGACACUUCAUUUGCAAGUGAAUCCGUUCCGAGUCAAACAGAAAUAAAAUUAUUAGAAUCUGAAUUUAUACAUAAAUAA